CUGUAAGUGUCUACAAGUGAAUUUUCGAUGGAACAGCUUUUUAGGAACAACAUUUCACAUGCAGAUCUUUUACUGUCAGUGCACUUUCUUUUUUUUUUCAGUGCACUUUCAUUUACCACAGUCGUGCGUCUGCAUACUUAUGAUGUCACAGAACUCGAUGUCUUAGUGAAGAGGAAGGCUUAGUCUGUCUGUCAAACACUUCCUCGUCUGACAAGGCAGUCACCUUCUGCAGCGUCCUCUCACUGUUGGGGGACAUCUGAUGAUCAGAGCAGAGUCGGACAAGAUACACUCAGAGCUGCUGUUGUUUCCAUCAACCAGAGGAGAAGACCAAGCAAACAGCUGCACAUUUCUCACACCAGACGAGAUCUCAGCGUUUGGCUGCACACCUAACAAAUGGAGCAACUCAACCUGACAUCCAACGCCACGUGUCCGUCCAUCGAUGACUUCCGAAACCAGGUCUACUCCACAGCCUACUCCCUCAUCACUGUGCUGGGCCUGGUCGGUAACGGCUUCGCCCUGGUGGUGCUGAUCAAGACGUAUAGCCAGACCUCACCCUUCCAUAUCUACAUGCUGAACCUGGCUGUGUCUGAUAUUCUGUGUGUGAGCACGCUGCCUCUCCGGGUUCUGUACUAUGUCAACAAGGGCCAGUGGAACCAGGGAGAUUUCCUCUGUCGCAUCAGCUCCUAUGCCCUCUAUGUAAACCUCUACUGUAGUAUUUAUUUCAUGGCUGUGAUGUCUGUCACACGUUUCUUGGCCAUAGUCUUCCCAGUGCAGAACAUGUGGCUGGUGACAGAGGGCCGGGCACGUGUGGUGUGUGUUGCAGUCUGGGUGUUCAUCUGUGUCUCAUCCUCACCCUUCCUCAUGUCCGGGCAGCAGUUCGACCCCAUCACCAAUAAAACCAAGUGUUUCGAGCCUCCAAGGGGAGGACGCAGCGUGAACAAACUAGUGGCGCUGAAUUAUCUGUCCCUAGUGAUCGGCUUCAUCAUCCCCUUCCUGGUCAUCUUGGUCUGCUACGCCGGCAUCGUCCGUACCCUCCUGACACGCUCUCAGGCCCUCAAACGCCAGCGGGGCUCCGACACCAGAGCCAUCCGCAUGAUCAUCAUCGUCCUGCUCGCCUUCUUCAUCAGCUUCAUGCCCUACCACAUCCAGCGCACCGUCCACCUGACGUUCUUGUCUCGGACUGACAGCACCUGUGAAGAGAAGAUCGCCAUGCAGAAGUCUGUGGUGGUGACGCUGUGUCUAGCUGCUGCGAACUCUUGCUUUGACCCUCUGCUUUACUUCUUCUCUGGGGAGGGUUUCCGCAGUCGCAUGUCCUCCCUGCGCCUUUCCAAGACAGGAAGCAAAAAAAGCCAACAAGCCAAGUUGAAGGCCAUUGAACAACCAGCAACUAGCGACCAGUUAAUUUCUACACAACAAACAAACGCCUCAGAAUAGAAAAAAAAUUAACAUGGAUGUUGUAGGAAAUUUACAAGUACUUUAUUUAUUAUUAUAAAGGGUGCCCACUGCUGUGCUGUUGUCAAAGUUAAGGGCACACAUUGUGGUAAAUGAGGCUUUUUUUAAAAUUUAUUUUAUAUUAAACAGAUCUUGGGGCUCAAAAAUAAUAUUAAAUUAUCAAAAUACUCAUUUGGACAAAUAUACAGCUCUUUUUUUUUUUUUUUUUUUUUUUUUUAAGAUAUCUAGGCCUGUUUGGGGUUCAGCACCAACAGUGGUUCCUCCUUUUGUGUUAUUUGUGUCACUCUACAGUAGAGAAAGAUGAAACAUGAUCAUCUGGUCACCUGUUCAACCUAAAUGAUCUGAAAUCAAUUUUGAGAAAAAUGUGUUGGAGGCACCUUUAAAUAGUGCGGGAGCUUGUACACUGUAAGACCGGAUAGUUGAGUUUACCUAAAAAAUCUCAGGUAACUCAUUACCUUAAAAAAUGUAAGUAAUGAGUAAUGAAAACUUGAGUGUAUUAAACUUAAAUGCUCGAUUUGAAUGGAAUUGCUAUUUUAAGCACAACACACAAAAUGCCAAGUUAAUUGAACUUUAAAUUUGUUGCAACGUCAAUUGCUUUGUAUAAUCAUUGGAUUUAAUAUCAUCAGUUCAUUGUUCUAUAUUCCAAGUUAAUUUAAAUUAAAAUCUUCUGCAAUAUUAAGUGCUAUGUAUAAUUAUUCAACUUAUUAUAUUGUAGCAUGGAUGGAAGUUAGCUCAACAUCAUCUGCCAGAACAGGAAAUGCUUUCAAUUUGGCAAAGUAUUAACAUGCCAUUGUACAAGAAAAUAUGAGAUGAACAGGAAAGCUACUGUUGGGCCUAUGGCUCUGACUCAUGGUGCAACUCUACAAAAAUACAAAAACAAACAUAAAAAGGCCAAUAAACAUUGCCGUACACACAUU